CAUAUACAAAAUAAUAUAGUAAUGACUGAAAAAGAAGACGCGAUUAUCCGUGAUAGACUUGCGGUCGAAGAACGUACACUGCGUCGCAUACUUAAGCGACACACAUUAUGGAAGGGUGCUCUCCUUACUGGGGAUAUAGAAGCGGCGCAAAUCCAAUAUAAUGACUUCAUGCUCGAUUUAUCGUCAUACGAGCUUUAUUUAAUGCGCUUCCAGCUUAUUCAUGAUAUGAAUGUGAAAGAAAGACAAAAUUGGAUAGAUGAAAAGAACAGGAUUG